GGAGCGCAGGCUCCAGUGCGGCCGCUGAUUGGUCGCCGAAGGCUUGGUCCCAUCCCAGUGACCCCAAAGUGCUGGAAGGAGGGGGCGGGGGUGGCCCAGUGCAAAGUGCAUCCCGAAAGCCCCCUGUCGGGACACCCCGCUGCUGACACUUCGGACCCGGUACGAUUUGGGGGUCUCCCUGUCCCCAGACCUCUGGAGUCCCUCGGUAGCUGGAAGCCUCCGGCCCGGCGCGCGGCAGACCCCUGGUCUGAGCCCCUGGACCGGGACUGCCCCCCCCCAACCCGAGCCGGCACUUCCUCCCUGCACCCCUUCCCGGAGGCUGCUCCGAGGCCAAGACCGCCACCUCCAGCCUGAUCGGCUAUCUGGAUGCUCUCUGGGCUGGGGCCGUGAAGCACCGAGGAGGAUCAGGAACACGGUGUCCGGCCCUGCCUGGGGUGUUUCUUCAAUGGAGAAGUUGGUGAAGGUGGAGGAGGCUGAAAGGAGGGAGAGGAGCUGCAGCUGAGGAGCCAGGUUUGAGCUGGCUGGAGAACACGCGCGAGCAGAAGGGGUCUGCCCACCCACCAGAGAAGCCGCUGGGAGAGUGCUUUGGAUCAGCAUCCUCUCCAAAGGUGAAGAAUUGCUCUGAGGCCUGGACACACUGGGAACCCCUUCCCCAUGAUGCUGCUUGUACACGAUGGUCAUUAGACAACCUGUGUUCCAAGAGAAGAGUCAUUCUUCUGUAAGGCUGACUCCUUUGACCUAAUGACUGGUUGGUGAAAAGCGGACUCUGCUAGGAUGUUACACCACCACUGUCGGAGGAACCCUGAACUCCAGGAAGAAUUGCAGAUUCAGGCUGCAGUAGCCGCCGGGGAUGUUCACACAGUACGGAAGAUGUUGGAGCAAGGCUAUUCCCCAAACGGCCGGGAUGCCAACGGCUGGACCUUGCUCCAUUUCUCUGCAGCAAGAGGAAAGGAGAGAUGUGUUCGGGUGUUUCUGGAACAUGGAGCUGAUCCUACGGUUAAGGACUUAAUCGGAGGCUUCACCGCUCUGCAUUACGCAGCCAUGCACGGCCGGGCCCGGAUUGCACGCCUGAUGUUAGAGUCUGAAUACAGGAGUGACAUUAUCAAUGCAAAAAGCAAUGAUGGCUGGACUCCUCUCCACGUGGCUGCCCACUACGGUAGGGACUCAUUCGUCCGGCUCCUUCUGGAGUUCAAGGCUGAGGUCGACCCACUUAGUGAUAAAGGUACAACGCCCCUUCAGCUCGCCAUCAUCCGAGAGAGAUCAAGCUGUGUGAAAAUCCUCCUGGACCACAAUGCCAACAUCGACAUUCAGAAUGGAUUCCUGUUGCGCUAUGCUGUAAUCAAAAGCAAUCACUCUUACUGCCGCAUGUUCCUUCAGAGAGGGGCAGACACAAACUUGGGGCGCCUAGAAGACGGACAGACUCCUUUGCACUUGUCUGCCCUCCGUGAUGACGUGCUCUGUGCACGGAUGUUGUAUAACUAUGGAGCAGACACGAACACAAGGAACUAUGAAGGUCAGACCCCACUGGCCGUUUCAAUAAGUAUUUCAGGAAGUAGUCGGCCGUGUUUGGAUUUCUUACAAGAAGUCACAAGACAACCCAGAACCCUGCAGGACCUGUGCCGAAUUAAAAUUCGACAGUGUAUAGGCCUUCAAAACCUGAAGCUGCUUGAUGAACUACCAAUUGCCAAGGUCAUGAAAGACUACUUAAAACACAAAUUUGAUGAUAUCUGAUAUACCUGGACUGUGAGCAAGAUUAAGAGUUAUUCCAGACACUUAAAAGGCUCUGGGCCUUGCACAAAGUAUAUCCUAUGCAAUUUCUGAUUUGCUGUGAAGUCAGAAGGCAGGUAUACACUUUUAGGGUUUUUGUUUGUUUGGUUUUCAUUUUAGGGGAGGGAUUUUUUUAUAUAUAUAUGAACACACACACACCACGCUUGAAGGUCUUAAUUUGGUUUCUUGGUCCAAGUCUAUGAGGUCCAAGCCUUUCUAUACAAUACUGCAUUUAGAAAAAUUGUUUUUCCUAAAUGCACCAACACAGGCAGGUUCAAAGUGGAGGGUUCUUUCUUCCUUUUGAGCUCUGGUUUCAUUGGUGAACAAGGUACUAGAAACCAGUAGAACAUUUGUUAAGUUUGGAGGUCUCAGGCUCACCUAGUGGAUCCUGGGUGACGCUGGAAAAUUCCCUGCGAAGAAACUUACAGUAAUGCUAUCACCUCAUUCAUUUUUAACGAGUACAGAUGAGCUGUUUAAAAAUUCUUUUUUCCCUUCUAAUUAAUGUAGCUUUCCAAUGGAAAAAAAAAAAACAAACCCAGUACCUCUGCUUCCUUUUGGUGUGCGCUAUUUUUAAAUUAUUUUUUUUAAAACAACUGUAGGACACUACCCUGAGACAUUGUGUUUCAACUCCUCUCUCUCUCUCUUGUUGAAUUGUGCUUUGAAAACAAAAUGAAUGGGGAAAGGAAUUCACUUUUUAAAGCCAGUGUAUUCUGUUUUUAAAACCCGUGCCUCUUGUGCGGCUUCCUCUUGGCGUAGUCUCU